AUGUCACAAUCUCCUCCAGGUGGUAGAAAGAAAGCUGGAGCUCGAAAGAAAGUAGUUUCUCCAAAGAUUCGCAAAGUUACACCAAAGAUUAAAAUGCAGAAGAUUGUGCUAAAGAAGAAGACAACCAAAGAAACCAAGAAACCACCUACACCACCACCUGAACCAACACCACCACAAUCACCAGUCCAAUCACCACCCCGACAAUCUACACCACCACAACAAUCCUCACCACCGAAACAACCAACACCACCAAGACAACCAUCACCUUUACAUCAUUCACCUCCACCACAACAAACCUUACUCACCUCACAAGAAAUCUUUCAGGCACCUCCACUCACCCAAGGUCAACUAACACCUGGUUUUGCGGGGUACCGAAAUUUCCCAAAUAUUCCUUCAAAUUUGAAUGUGAGCCUUGAUGAUGUUGGAGAUUUUUAUUUUGCAAACACUUCACAAGUAAAGAAUGUUGAAAUGAAGGUUGAUGAAGUGAUUGCUGAGAACAAGAAACUAGCCGCUGAAAACAAGAAAGUUGCAGAUCGUGAAAGAAUUCUUGAAAUGCGUGUAAAGAGAUUGGAGGGUGAUAACAAAGAGCUGUUGAAGAAAAUUGACAGUGAUCAAUCUGAGAUAAAAAUCUUGAAAGUGAGAGUUGCUGAGCUGGAAGAAGAAAAAGCUCGACGUGAUGAACAAAAUGAAUACUUCAAGUUGAAGAACAAAGAGCUUGAAGCAGCUAAAGCGUUCAGAGAUCACGAGUUCUAUAUGCUGAAUAAAGUUGUUGAAAGCAUGCUCGGAACGUCUGUAGAGCAAAAGUUUGAAGAACUACAAGUUGAAGAGCUCAGAGCAGAACGUCAAGCUAAAAUAGAUGAGCAAAUGAAAGAAAAAGGUAAAGGCGUUGAAGGAAGUUCUGCAGUGUCAGAGAGAUCGAUUGUUCCUUCAAUGGUUGUUGAAAAUCCCGAGCCUAUCUCUGCUGUUUCUGGUCUUUUUGAGGAUUAUAAUCCUAUGGAUGAUCAUGGUUCUGGUAAAGACGAUGAUGACGAUGAUGCUCAGGGUGGUACAAGGUUGAAAGUUAUUGAGGCUUCUACUGAAAAGAAUGUUGAUGAUUUGAUGAAUGAUUCCGUGAACGAAGAAUCAGGGGGAGCUGAUAGAUAG